UGUUGAAGUGUUUAAUUUACUGGUAAAUCUCAUUCGGCGGCAAUUUUCAAAUUUUAGCGCACAAAGCUAGGGUUUAACGCAAUCACAAAAAACUCAGUAUUUGAUUCUUGUGCUGAAAUCUGUCAAGGUUCUGUUGCGAUUCGUUAUCUUUUUCGAUCAGGUGGAAAGCAUAAAGAAAACAAUGGAUUUUGAUGAGGAACGAAAUGAAGAAAAUGACCAACCAAAUGAAGAUGUGGAAAUGGCUGAUAGGGAAGCCGAUGAAUUAAAACCUUCAACCAAUGAUUCUUCAGUAAGAAAACUUUUUGUUGGAAGCAUUUCUAAGAAGACAACCGAAGUACUUUACUUUCCAGAAUCAUUUAGGGCGUAUUUCAGCAAGUUUGGACAAGUAGCUGGUUCUAAACUAAUGUGUGAUAAAGACUCUGGAAUGCGACAAGGAAUUGGAUUUGUGUCAUAUGCUGACCCGAAAAUUGCAGAUAAAGUUUUAGAGGAAGACCAUACUAUAGAUGGUAAAAAGGUGGCCGUGAAGAAAGCGUUAGAUAAAACAACGAGAAUUUAUGUUGGUGAUUUUCCAUUAUCUUUAACUCAAGAUGAGUUGAAGGAAUAUUUUUCUUAUUAUGGCUCUGUUGUGGAUCAUUGCAUCGUUAUGGAUAAAACAACUGGUCAGAGCAGAGGUUUUGGCUUUGUAAGUUUUGAUAAAGAGGAAACAGUUGAAGAAGUUUUAUCUAAUGGCCAUAUCCAUGAACUUUAUGGCAAACAAGUUAUAAUUAGGAAGUGUAAGCCAAAGAGAGAUUGUGUUGGACAUACAAGUGAAAGCCAGAUACAUCAUGGUAGGAGUGGUUCAAAAUCAUAUUAUAGCAAUGGUGGUUACAGAGGCAGCAGCCACGGUGUGCCUGCCUCCUAUGGUCGUGGUCGUGGUUAUGGGAACAGUGGUAACAUCUGGAAUUAUGGGGGCAACAGAGGAUACAGAGGUGGUGGCAGAAAUGGUGUCUAUGCAUAUGGGAACACCGGUGCUGCUAAUGAAAGGUAUGUGCCUGCCUACUAUGGUCGUGGUAGAGGUUAUGGGUACAGUGGUAGAGGCUGGAAUGAUGGGGGCAACAUAGGAUAUGGAGGUGGUUUCAGUAAUGGCGCCUGUGUAUAUGGGAACACAGGUGCUGCUAAUGAAAGGUCUGUGCCUGCCUACUAUGGUCGUGGUCGUGGUUAUGGGCACGGUGGUAACAGCUGGAAUUAUGGGGGGAAUGGAGGAUAUGGAGGUGGUGGCACAAAUGAUGCCUAUGCAUAUGAGAACACCGGUGCUGCUAAUAGAAGGUAUCAUCCUUAUUGAAAGUGACAAAAUCGCCUCCAAGGCUGCAAGUAUUAGAUGAGUUUUGACUGUUGCAUUUAGGUGUAAAAUCUUUGCUGGUGCCCCCUACCACUAACUUCUUGUAAGAUGAGUGUAUUGGAUAUAAAGAUAGCACACAGUUCUUUGUUUUAAGUUUUACAAGUCAAUCAACCAUCUUAUCUUGUAAGAAAAGUAGGUUGAGAACCUUGUGAUUCUGAUCUCACAUUUAAA